AUGGCGCUCAAGGCACAAGUCGGUCAAAAGAUUAUGAAUGAGGUCAUUAAACAGACAAAGGCCUCGGGAAGCGGAUUGCAAUGGCGUAUUUUGGUAGUGGAUCAAUUGGCCAUGAGGAUGGUGUCGGCGUGCUGCAAAAUGCACGAUAUCAGUGCCCAAGGCAUUACUCUAGUCGAAGAUAUCAACAAGAAACGAGAACCCAUACCCACCAUGGAAGCGAUCUAUCUGAUCACACCCUGCAAUUCUUCCGUUCAAAAACUGAUCGAAGACUUCAGCAAUCCGACUAGAAUUAUUUACAAAAUCGCCCACGUCUAUUUCACAGAAGUGUGUCCAGAGGAGCUCUUCAAUGAAAUCUGCAAGUCUCUCGCCGCUAAAAAGAUCAAAACCCUCAAAGAGAUCAACAUCGCUUUCCUGCCUUACGAAUCGCAGGUAUUCUCCUUGGACUCGUGCGAAACGUUUCAUUGCUUUUAUAAUGCUUCCUUCGCCAACUUGAGGACAGCCAACAUGGAAAGAAUAGCAGAACAGAUAGCUACGCUCUGUGCCACUCUUGGAGAGUAUCCAUCGGUCAGAUACCGAAGCGACUUCGACCGAAACGUGGAGUUAGCGCACAUGGUCCAACAGAAAUUGGAUGCUUACAAAGCGGAUGAACCGACGAUGGGAGAAGGACCAGAGAAAGCGCGUUCCCAACUACUUAUUUUAGAUAGAGGAUUUGACUGUGUCUCUCCACUGUUGCACGAGUUGACACUACAAGCUAUGGCAUAUGAUUUGCUAGACAUCGAGAAUGAUGUUUACAAGUUCGAAGCGUCAGCGGGUCAGCAAAAGGAAGUAUUAUUGGAUGAGAAUGAUGACUUGUGGGUGGAUCUUAGACAUCAGCAUAUUGCUGUAGUUUCACAAAACGUUACCAAAAAUUUAAAGAAGUUCACGGAAUCGAAGAGAAUGCCGCAAGGGGACAAACAAAGUAUGAGAGACCUUUCGCAGAUGAUCAAGAAAAUGCCACAAUAUCAGAAAGAAUUGAGCAAAUACGCGACGCAUUUGCAAUUGGCGGAAGAUUGUAUGAAACGUUAUCAAGGAAAUGUGGAUAAGCUCUGCAAAGUGGAACAAGAUUUGGCAAUGGGUACGGACGCCGAGGGCGAGCGUAUCAAAGAUCAAAUGAAAAACAUUACGCCAAUUUUACUCGAUCAGACCGUGCAUCAUUUAGACAAGCUACGAAUCGUAGCCUUGUACGUUAUUAGUAAAAACGGCAUUACCGAAGAAAAUCUUAACCGAUUGGUUCACCAUGCCCAAAUAUCUCCUGAUGACAAACAAACCAUAGUAAAUAUGGCGAAUCUUGGUAUCAAUAUUGUUGUGGAUGUAAGUAUAAACAAUUGUUAUAUCAAUUCCCUAAAUAGAUUCUAUCUACGCUUCUAUUUUAUUAUUAUUAUAAUUACGGUCUUACUUCCACAGGGUAGCAACCGUAAAAAAUUGUACACCGUACAACGUAAAGAAAGAAUUACAGAACAAACUUACCAAAUGAGUCGCUGGACACCGAUUAUGAAAGACAUCAUGGAAGACGCCAUCGAAGACAAACUCGACUCUAAACAUUUUCCAUUUUUGGCAGGACGUGCAGCAAGUUCGGGAUAUCAUGCUCCAACCAGUGCACGAUACGGGCAUUGGCACAAGGAUAAAGGUCAACAAACCAUUAAGAACGUACCGCGCUUAAUUGUCUUCGUAGUCGGUGGAGUUUGCUUCUCCGAGGUACGAUGUGCGUACGAAGUCACAAAUGCUUUGAAAAAUUGGGAAGUAAUAAUUGGUUCGUCACAUAUAAUAACACCCAAAUCCUUCUUAGACGAUUUGAGUAAACUUCACGUAUAAAGAAAUCUUUUUUUGUGUAAACAAAAUAAAAACACAUUCCCGUAUUCCUAAUAUGCCAUUAGCUUUGGCUUCAUCAGUAAUACCAGCUACAAGAAACUCUGUGGGCGAUCUCGAUUAUGGAAUUAAAGUACUAAAUAGGGAACACACAGUCAAUUGUUUAGGUCGCACCGCCAUUUAGCGACUAAUUAAGAAAUUUGGGAAUAUAAUAUUAUAAAUAUCCAAAGUUGACCGAAAUAUACACGGUGCUAGAGGGAGAAUAUAUCCGGUAUUAAGUGCCUCCUCGAUUAAAACGUUAAUAAAGAACGAAUAAAUAUGUUGGCAAUACUGAUGUAGAUCAUACGGAAGUCCAUAAUGGUAAUUUAGGCUGGAGAAUGACCUAACUAAGAUAUAAUACGUUUCACUAUGCCAAGCCGCUCCUUUGUUAAUAAUAAGGGGCAGGUUAGCAAAGGAAUUUGAUGUAUUGUAGAGGAGAAUCGUGAUAUAUGUGUAAAUUUCUCGUUAUGUCCUGUUUUAAAAAAAGCUGACAGAUCUUUGUACUGUCUUGAAGUUUUCAUUUUCAGUUCCAUUCACAGUAUCAGUAAUACGUAUAAAACUCACGUGAAAAAGUAUAAAUAUCAUGCAUAACACGAUUAUAUAAGCUUCAAUCAUAUCAACUUCAAUAAAAACGAGAUGUGAGCAUUGAUAUUUAUUACUUGCUACUUUGUUGUUUAAAUAUUACAGUUUAUAAUAAAAUGAUAAAUAUACAAUAACUUAUUUAUUAUAUUUUUGUUAUAUGAUCGAUUUGUUGUGCAAAUGUUGCUUUUAAUUUAUCACAAAGAGCUGUAUUUACAUUCAUCUGAAAAAUGUCCAACUUCUAAAAACUUACGCCUGUUUAACUAAAAGUGAAAUCUUUACUGUACGUUAUAUGUCGAUAAGUACUUACAUGUUGAAAUUUGUACUUCACGUAAGAAGUAAUUGUAGAUCGCUGUCGAUCGGUAGAAGUUAAUCUGUUGAUUACUCAUAAUAAUUAUUGAUGUGCGUUAAUAUUGCGAUUACUUAGCGACGAAAUUAUUACAAAGUUUACGGUAUUAAUGAUAUAUAAUAUAUUAUAUGAACAUAUAUGUAUCUAGUUUGUAGCCUAAACAAAAUGUUCUGCUUAUAAAAGCCUACAAUUCGCUCCAAUUGUGUCUUCGUUUUAAUAAAUACCAUACCACGUAAAAUAAAUAUGUUUUGGCGCGCAAAAUGUCAGAUAUCAGAAUCGAAAUGAAUUUAUGUUGAAAAUAUGUCAUAUGAAGUUACGUUUCAGUCCAAAGGAAUUUACAAAUCAUCCGAGACUAAGAUUCUUCACGAGGCUCAGCAAGACUAAUUCAUAUUAGACAAUGUGAUUUAAAGGGUAAAAUUUUAUUUAACCUACAAGAUGUCGGAUUACGUUUACGGUAGUAAAAACAAUUUUAAAGGGAAUAAGAUCUUCAUGAUAUUAAUGAAUGUUUACUCAUACAGGUUUUUGAUUUUCACCCGAAUGUGAUUUCCUACGGAACAGUACAUAUACCG